AUGAUUUGCCGAUUCCGAUUCAACGCUCAGUCGUCCAACCGAACCUGCCGUAGAAUCGAGGUUCUUCAGUUGGAUGAACUCGAUGCAGCACUCCGGCUACUGGUAAGGCUGUCUCAGAAAGAGAGUUUUCCUCAAGAAAUCGCAGACCUGUCCAAUCAUAAUCUAGUCAAUAAGUCGUCGAGAUUAAUGUCACUAAAUCCACGAUUGAUAGAUGGAAUACUUUGUGUCGGCGGCCGGUUAGAACAUGCAGCCGUUUCUAACAAUCGAAAACAUCCAUACAUUCUGGACCACCGUCAUCCUCUAGCGCAGUUGGUCAUGGUACAUUAUCAUCGGAAAUUGUUUCAUGCUGGACAACAGCUGCUGAUAUCCGCUGUUAGAGAGAGGUUUUGGUUGACGAAUGCUCGAAAUCUAGCCAGAAAAACGAUACAUGAAUGUGUACCGUGUUUUCGUGUGAAACCCAAAAUCCAAGAGAAACUGAUGGCUGAUCUUCCUCCAGAUAGAGUAACUCCUUGUGUUUCGUUCCAAAAGGUAGGAGUGGAUUACUGUGGGCCGUUCCAGAUUGCUUAUCCACAACGCCGCAGUCGUCCCGUGAAAUGUUUCGUGGCCAUUUACAUCUGCCUAGUAACGAAGGCAGUACAUUUGGAACUGGUAGCCGAUUUGACGACUCAAGCCUUUCUCGCGUCACUGAAACGAUUCAGUGCACGUCGGGGUAAACCGACACUCAUCAUGUGCGACAACGCAAAAAAUUUCGUCGGGGCUAGGAGAGAGGUUCAUGAACUUCAACGCCUUUUCAACAGUCAACAAUUUCAAGAAGCUGUAAUUCAUGGAGUCGAGAACGAUAACAUAGAGUUUCGUUUUAUCCCUGCCCGCUCACCCAAUUUCGGGGGUCUGUGGGAAUCAGCAGUAAAGGCUUUCAAGACACUGUUCAAGAGAACCAUUGGAACUCGCACGCUUAUUUACGACGAAAUGCAGACUGUGUUAGUUCAAAUUGAGGCGAUCUUAAACUCCCGACCUCUGACGCCAAUAAGCAACGACCCAACAGAUUAUGAAGCACUCACUCCAGGCCACUUCCUUAUUCAACGACCGCUCACAGCUAUCCCCGAACCGAAUUUGGAACAUUUACCAGAAAAUCGUUUGUCGGCAUGGCAAAGGAUCCAGCACUACACACAGCAACUCUGGAAGAAGUGGUCUCACAUGUACUUGUCUAAUUUACAAAACCGCACACGAUGGACUCGACGACGGGAGAACCUAUCAGUCGGAACGAUGGUUGUUUUAAAGGAGGAUAAUCUUCCCCCAUUGAGAUGGCGAUUGGGACGGAUAACUGAAAUCCAUCAAGGAUCGGAUGGCAACAUCCGAGUAGUUACUGUUCGCACCCCGGAUGGAAGUUACCAGAGAGCAAUUUCCAAGGUUUGCGUAUUACCCAUUCGUGACAACAACACAUUAUUGUAA